UAGGUUGGCGGCGUCUACAGACUAGUAGGAGCAUAUAAAACUCACGCCCAGGCAGAGGCAGCCUAGGCUCGGCCGGGGUAAAGGGUAGAUCAGCAGCAUUCGUACCUAGGACGCCGCGCAAGAACAGAAACACCAUCCCCUCUCCUCCGACGAGGACUCCUCUUUUACCCACGCCGUCGAGGUAUCGUCGUCAGCAGGGGGAAGGGAACUACACAGCACAGGGGCAGGAAUGGAUGGAGGGAUGGAGCUGAAAGGGUGCGUCUGCCGGAUCAAGAACUGCGCCGGCCAACUUCUGUCGAUGGAGGAGGAUCUGGCGACUGAUCUAGACGAUGACUCAUGGGACUUGGUCUUGAGGGACAUCCGGCUGAAGGCCACCUUCUUGUAUAUUGAUCUGAGCCGUGUGAUCUCCCGAAGCGAGAACGAUGAGCGCAGGAAGGCGCUCACCCUCCUCGCCAACAAAUUCUUCUACUGCAUGGAUGAGCUAGGCGAUGCGGUGACCAGCAGAAGCAUCUCUGUCAUGAAGAUGUGCUACAACGACACCGCCGAGGCUCUCCGGGAGGUGGUCGCAGCUCUUGCUCCGCCACAGUAGCAUGCUGGGUUCAUAGUUCUCGUUCCAUAUGCCCCUGCCCUGCUGCAUUGCGCUGCACUACCAUGUGAUGUUAUGAAGCAGGGUUAACAUUGUAACAUCCUACGGAGGAAAGAAUGGAUGCGUGCUUGAAACUCUUGCAAAAGGAUGAGUAUGUCGUGACUCCCAUGUAAGGAAUCGAUGUGCCUGAAGCUCGCAUGGGCAUUUCCCAUUCUCCAUCUGAGCAGUAGCGGGAGCACCUGUGUAUAUACAUGAGGCGAGUACCUCUAUGGCUGAAGCAAAGCAAGAGAAAUACGAGCUACCCGUGUUAUGUCCCCAGAAAAAAAAAAUGCAUGUUUUCUUCUUAAUUUGUAUUAUAUGGAAUUGAGUUGUAGCAGAUAUAAUAAUUUGUUGUCGUAAGAUCUAUGGCAGUGGCAGGUAACUCCAGUUCGUACUACAGUACUAGUUCGGCCAA